CAAUAAAGCAGUAAAUACACAAGAUAAUUAUCAAAACAAAAUUGCAAUGGUUCCAGUAGUUGCAUCACUACAUAUAAGAACUUCCAAUAAUGAAAACACUAGUAAAGCACCAAGAAGGGUUAACUCAGCAAUUUCAGCGACACCACCAGUAAAAAAAAAAAAAUCAAAAAUUGAUAACUCUGGUAAUGAUGGCAUCACUAACAAUAACGUUAAUGACAGAAACAAUAGUGAAAGCGCCAAAAAACAAUGA